AACUAUAUUAUACCGCACCUCUCUCCACUGGUCAUACCCGUAACGCCCACUAAUACACAAAACUCUGUAACUCCCACAAGUUUCAUUCUUUGCUUUUCUUUUUUCCCUUUUUCCAAGUUAAGCUACACACAACACAGAAACAUGGUUUCUUCUUUGAGGCUAACUUUUACACUUGCUUCCCUGUUAUGCCUUGUUUGGCUGCUCACUAUUUCAUCUCCGGCAACAGCUUCCUUCACUUGCCUUUCCGGCGGAACCUGUGACGCCAUUAUUGACUACACUUUACCCAACGCCACCACCUAUAACGCCGUUAAAAAACUGUUCCAUGUCAAGAACCUCCGUUCCCUCCUCGGCGUUAACAACCUCCCUAUCGACACCCCUGCUGAUCAAAAACUCCCUGCUAAUCAAACCAUCAAAAUCCCAUUUCCUUGUCUCUGUAGAAACGGUACCGGAAUAUCCAACAAACGACCCACUUACACCGUCGUAUCCGGUGACUUCCUCUCACACAUCGUCUCCGAUAUCUUCGCCAAUUUAUUUACCGUUCAGGAACUCCAGACGGUUAACAACAUAACCGACCCGAAUGUGAUACAACCCGGAGAUAAGCUGUGGGUCCCACUGCCUUGCAGCUGCGAUGACGUUGACGGUGAAAAGGUUGUUCAUUAUGGUCGCCUUGUGGCCGCUGGCAACACCGUCGAUGACAUUGCUCAGCAGUACAAUGUUUCCCAGGAUACACUUUUGAAAUUAAAUGGUUUAUCAGAUCCGAAAGAACUUAUAGCUGGCUCUGUUCUUGAUGUUCCCCUUAAAGCUUGCCAAUCAAUGGUGAGCAAUACCUCACUGGACUAUCCUUUGCUCGUCCCAAAUGACACAUAUGUCUUCACUGCUGCCAAUUGUGUAGCAUGCAAGUGUGAUGCUGCAAAAAACUGGACCUUGCAAUGCCAACCAUCUCAGAUAAAGUCCUCUCUUUGGAAGUCAUGCCCCUCGAUGCAGUGCCAAGGUCUGGAUAGCUUUUACAUUGGGAAUGUCACGUCUUCAGAUUGUAAUUCCACAGGUUGUGCUUAUGCUGGUUACAGCAACCAGACCAUUUUUACCACAAGCACUCAGUCAACUUGUCCUGCCAAUACUGCUUCUGAUAUGAGGCCGGGGACAUGGAGGUGGAAUAUCAUCCUGGUUGCUAUCCAUCUGGCGUUGCUAUCUGCUUCUUAUUUGAGAUAACUCCACGGUUUAUAGGAGACUCUACAUGGUGAUGUCUGUAAAAGGGUGUAGGUUUUUUAAUUUAUAGUACUAGCAUUUAUGCUGCUGGGGACAAAUCUUCAGUUCUUCCACGAACAUAAGUAGUUCCUCUUUAGUAGAACAUCAUUUAGACAAACCUUUCUCUUCUCCCUACUUUAGACAUGGUUCUUCUGUUGUCAUUUUGUCUGUCUUCAGGAUUUUCACCGUUAAAUUUGGCAUUUCUUUUGGUGAGCGUGUACCACGUUGGUUCAUUUCUUUUAGAUUAUGUGAACAAUUUGUGAAAAAGAAAGUUUGGAAUUUUAA